AUGAACCUAAUUAGAUCCACUUGCGAUCGUUGCUACGCCGCGAAGACGCGGUGCACGAAGGAUGCGUCUACCAACCAGUGCCAGAAGUGCUUGCGGUCUGGCGCAGUCUGCAAAUACAGUCCGCGCGGCCACGCUGGCCGUCCGCUCGGUCGCGGGACAAACCAGUCAAACUCCCCUCAGCAACCAGCACCAGCUCCAGCUCCGACCACUGACGAACCCUUCACCACCCUGCCUACGGCUUUCGCCUCCAACCUAGACCUCUUCAAUAAUCUCCACUCCGACGACAACACUGCCGCAUACUUUUGGGAUCAUCCGCCCCUGUUAGAAGACUACGGUCACUCGUACCUGCCUAUCGAUGAACCGACACACACCGGUCCACUCGCAACACCAACCACAAGCUCAAAUGCUGCAUUAGACUUGUUCUCCGCCUUGGGAGGCGGGAGCUCCCACCCCUCCAGCAACGGCGCGCACCACGACACAAAUUCCAGCAGCGGCACAUACCAUGACACCAAUUCUAGCAAUGGUACACACAAUGACACCCAUUCCAGCAGCGAAGCGACUUCGGCCGCCGCCUCGGUUAAGAGCGACAGCCUACACGGCCGACUUGUAGGCACCCACGCCGAGCUCAUUGCCUUAUCCGAAUCCCUCGCCGUGUCCUUCAGCUUGACCGACGACAUGGACAUCAUCUACAGGCUCAGCAACGAUAUGACCGAGAUACUUCAGCGCCUUCGGGAUAAUGGGCAAUGUUAUCCGCCGGCCCCGAUCGCCAAGUGCCACGGCAUGACGUCCCUGCUGAUUUUGGGCUGCUACAGCUAUCUUCUUGAGGCCUAUGAGUUUACCAUGGAGAAGCUGCGACAUGAGCUGCAAGACACAGGUGGUCCCACCGACAUGCAGCAGCGGUCUGCGUCACCCGAAGAUUCCCCGCAAAUUACCAUCGGAGGCAUUCGGUUGCACGUAUCGAGAAAGUCAGCCGCCGAAAUCCACCUCCAACUCGUUUCUCAGACGGCUCAGAAUCUCCGCGAGUCGCUCCGACAGUUCGUUAUGCACACGGCUGCUCCGCGCUGCUCCAUGGACAUGGAAAUCGAUGAGAGCCCGGCAUCGAGCAGUGCCGGGGGAAGCACCGCGGAGACGAGCCGGGGUGACACCAUUGGGAAUCUUACAAAAAUGGCGCAGCGGGAGCUACGGCGGCGAGAAGAUGGCAUCUUCCAAUAUAUAAACGAGAGCGCCGCCAAAGGAACAAGGUGA